AUGUUCAAAACUGCUGUCCGUGCAGCUCGCCCUGCCGCCCUCGCGGCGCGUGCCUCCACCAAAUCCUCCACCUCCGCUCUCCGCGCAUUCUCCACCAGCGUUCGCGUCUCGUCGGGUGGACCCCCUCCUCCCCAGCUCUACGGUGAAGGUGCCAAAGCCGGAACCGUCCCGACCGACAUUGAGCAAGCUACCGGUCUCGAACGUCUGCAGCUUUUGGGAGAGCUCGAAGGCAUCAAGGUCUUCGACGACAGCCCUCUGGACGCCAGCCGUAUUGGCACGAAAGCCAGCCCCGUUUUGGUUCCGUCUUAUGACGUCGAGCGUAUCGUUGGUUGCACUGGCUCCCCAGCUGACUCCCAUGAUGUCCUCUGGUUUAACGUGAGGAAGGAUAAGCAGUCUCGCUGCACGGAAUGUGGUUCAGUUUAUGCUCUUGAUUUCCAAGGCGAAGAACAUGCCGUUCACCACCAUUAA